GUGUGGAGAUUCCGGGUGUUGCCGCUGUCCUCACGCUACUCCUCAGAUCCUGGGGUUGGAUCGUACGUCCCUGAAGCUACUGUGUAGAGAGUUUUGGGCAAGAGAAUCCCGGGUCAAGCCACGAAAGUUCUCUCCUUAAUCCACUCCAUUCCCUCCUCUCCCAGCUAAGCUGCCAGAGUGCACUGUGCAUUUCCAAGAGCAAGAAAAGAUGGAUAAAUCUACAGAGUUGGUGUCACUUGAAGAUGUGGCUGUGGCCUUCACCUGGGAGGAGUGGAGGGACUUGAAUGAUGCUCAGAGGACUUUGUACAGGGAUGUGAUGCUGGAGAUCUACAGCAGCCUGGUGUCAUUGGGGUACUGCAUUAGUAAACCUGAGGUGAUCCUGAAGUUGGAGAAAGGAGCAGAGCCAUGGAUAAGAAAAGAAUACCCAAAGCAGUGCCUCCCAGAUAUCCAGAUAGACAAUGACCUAAUUGAGAGGAGCCAAGAAAGUCAUGGUAGGUACUUGUGGCAAGGUGUAAUCAUCAAUGGCAAUCAAUCAACUGAGGAGAGAGUGGAGUUAGGAAAAUCACUGAAUGCACAUUCAAUGCAUAUUUUGAAUCUGGUUAUAAAUAAUGGAAACUAUUCAGGAGUGGGGCAUGAGGAGUUUAACAAAUGUCAGAAUCCAGUUCUUCCAGAAACAGAUACCAUGUGUGCUGGACAGAAACCUGAUGAGCAUAAUAUAUCUGAGGAAUCACACAGUCAUCAUGAGCAUCUUAGUCAGCAUCCUAAGAUUCCAGCUGGGCAACUUUUUGAGUAUAGUGGAAAUGGACAAUCCUCCAAUACAGUGCCAAUAUUUGCAUAUAAGAAAACUCAUAUGGGUGAGACCACUUGUAAAUAUAGUGAGUAUGGGAACGCCUGUAAUAAGUCAUCUGUCGUUGCCCAAGAGAUAGGUCAGGUAGGGAUGAAAACUUUUCAAUGUGUUGUAUGUGGGAAAAUGUUCUAUAAAAAAGCUACACUUGGUCAACAUAAGAUUAUACACACAGGAGAGAAAUAUGAUAAAUACAGUGAGUGUCAGGAAUCUUUUAUCCAGCAAUCAUACCUUAUCUUAUAUCAGGGAACAUCUACAGGGAUAGCUUUUAACCAAAAGUCAGCCCUCAACAGGCAUCAGAGAAUUCACAAAAGUAAAACAACAUAUGAAUGUAAGGAAAAUUUGAAAACUUUUAACCAAAUGUCAGCCUUCAGUAUGCAUUGGAGAACUCACCCAGGUGAUAAGCCCCACAAAUGUAAUGGAUGUAGAAAAACAAUUAACAAGCCAUCCUUCAGAAUGAAUCAGAGUACUCACACAGGCAAAACACCUUAUGAAUGUAAAGAAUGUGGAAAAGCUUUUAAGCAAAAGUCAAAACUCAGCAGGCAUCAGAUAAUUCACACAGGUGAGAAACCAUAUGAAUGUAAAGAAUGUGGAAAAGAUUUUAACCGGAAGUCACACCUCAGAAUGCAUCAGAGCAUUCACACAGGUGAGAGACCAUAUGAAUGUAAAGAAUGUGGAAAAGAUUUUAAGUUAAAGUCAUACCUCAGCAAGCAUCAGAGAAUUCACACAGGUGAGAAACCAUAUGAAUGUAAAGAAUGUGGAAAAGCUUUUAACCAAAAUUCAGUCCUCAGCAGGCAUCAGAGAAUUCACACAGGUGAGAAACCAUAUGAAUGUAAAGAAUGUGGAAAAGCUUUUAACCAAAUGUCAACCCUCAGCAAGCAUCAGAGAAUUCACACAGGUGAGAAACCAUAUGAAGAUAAAGAAUGUGGAAAAGAUUUUAACCGAAAGUCACACCUCAGCAGGCAUCAGAUAAAUCCCACAGGUGAGAGACCAUAUCAAUGUAAAGAAUGUGGAAAAGCUUUUAACCAAAAGUCAGUCCUCAGCAUGCAUCAGAGAAUUCACACAGGUGAGAAACCAUAUGAAUGUAAAGAAUGUGGAAAAGCUUUUAACCAAAAAUCAGUCCUCAGCAUGCAUCAGAGAAUUCACACAGGUGAGAAACCACAUGAAUGUAAAGAAUGUGGAAAAGCUUUUAACCAAAAGUCACACCUCAGCAAGCAUCAGAGAAUUCACACAGGUGAGAAACCAUAUGAAUGUAAAGAAUGUGGAAAAGCUUUUAACCAGAAGUCACACCUCAGCAUGCAUCAGAGAAUUCACACAGGUGAGAGACCAUAUCAAUGUAAAGAAUGUGGAAAAGCUUUUAACCAAAAGUCAAUCCUCAGCAAGCAUCAGAGAAUUCACAGAGGUGAGAAACCAUAUGAAUGUAAAGAAUGUGGAAAAGCUUUUAACCAAAAGUCAGUCCUCAGCAAGCAUCAGAGAAUUCACAGAGGUGAGAAACCAUAUGAGUGUAAAGAAUGUGGAAAAGCUUUUAACCGAAAGUCAUACCUUAGAAUGCAUCAGAGAAUUCACACAGGUGAGAGACCAUAUGGAUGUAAAGAAUGUGGAAAAGCUUUUAACCAAAAGUCACACCUCAGAACGCAUCAGAGAAUUCACACAGGUGAGAGACCAUAUGAAUGUAAAGAAUGUGGAAAAGCUUUUAACCGAAAGUCAUAUCUCAGAAUGCAUCAGAGAAUUCACAAAGAUGAGAAGCCACAUUAAUGUAAAGAAUGUGGAAAAGCUUUUAAUGAAAAGUCAACCCUCAGCAUGCAUCAGGGAAUUCAUACAGGUGAGAAGCCACGUGAAUGUAAUGAAUGUGAAAAAGGUUUUUUUUACAAUGUCACAGUUGAGAAGACAUCAGGAUACUCACACAAGAAAAAACUCCUUAUGAAUCUAAUAUGACAGGCCUUGAACUUAAAUUCCCCCUAACAGAUAAAAAAGAGUUCUCACAAAGGAAAAUCUCAGUGGAUGUAAUUUAUAUGCGAUAAGAUUUUUCCAGAAGUCAUACUGCAAGACAUCAGAGAACUUGUAUCCGGAAGAAGACCGGUAGAUAUACAGUUGUCCUCAGGCAUUGAAAAAUGUCUCAAGGAUCCCCUAUUGAUAAAAAAAUUUGCUGAUGCUUAAGUCCCUUCUAUAAAUGUUGUAGUGUUUGUUCAUUACCAAUUCACUUCCUGCUGUGUAUUUUACAUCUUGCGUAGGUUACUUGUAAUACUGAAAAAAUGUGAAUACUAUGUAAAUUGUUGUUAUACUGUGUUGUUUUUCAGUUGUAGAAUUGUUUCAUUUAUUGUUUUUAUUUACUUUUGAGGAUUUUUGGUAAGUAGUUUCUUGAAUCACCAGAUGUGUAACCCUCAGAUGUGGAAGGAGGACUGUAAUGAGUGUGAAAACGUCUUUUCUCCAAAGUCUCAAGGCUGCCUGUGGUUAGAGCAUUUCUGCUUAUAACAUUGGUGCUCUUAACACAAAUUUUCUCCAUACCAGCCAUGCACCAAAAAAUAGAUAAAUAAAAAUAAAAAGGAAUCACAUCAUAGCAGGCAUUAGAGGAUUUAAAGAGGGGAGAAAUUCUAUAUGGAUUAAACUGACUGUCUUUUUAAAAAUAAAACCACUCUUUUCUCUUGUUUAGAUAGCCUGCAAUCUGAGCAUUCCACGAUUGGGUGGAUGACCAUGUAAUUUAACUCUGUUCAGGAGAAUGUAGAUAUAAGUGGUGAACAUUACUUCCAGUUCAGGCGACAAAAUAAAAAAAAAUUCCAUUCAGUUCCUCAUUUCUCAUGUUAUUUGCAACUGAAUAAAGGUGACUCUUGGGUGCACUUUGGGGCCACAGGUGAAAGAAAUCCACCCUAAUUUAAAAUAGAAGAAAUUGAACAAACCAGAGAUAUUCUAGCCACUACCCCAAAACCUCUGUUUACACAUUAUAUAAGAAAUUAUUUCCUGUUAAGCCAUAUUUAUGUCUGCCCUGUUUGCAUUACAACACAAGAGGUGAACUUCAGCUAAAUGAUUUCAUAGACUUUCUGAGAAGAUUUACCAGUUCUUGUAUAUGGGAAGAGAAUCUUGUGUUGUCACCAUUUAUACCCAAGUCAGUUUGUGGGAAAAGCAAAUUAUGGGGAGAAAGAAUGCAAUAGAUGUGACACUUCUUAUUGGGACAGUUUAUUGAACAGUGAAAAUAAAGUUAAAUAUCUUUCUAAAUCUCUAUAAUGUGUCAAAGCUUUCAAGAAACUUUCCACACUUUUCAUAUCAGAAUUUGAAAUGAAGAGAAAACUAUGUGAUAAACGUAAAUUUUCAAAUAAAAAUGAUAAAUGGAGUAUUAAAAGUAUUUUUAACAUUUUCAGUGUUACCAAUAUUUAAAUAUGACUGUUGA